AUGCGGCACGUAUCGACGUUGGCAUGGCGGACGUGGCCCUCAUCCACGCAGCCAUGGCACGGUGUCGUCCCAGAUACAGAAAGUGAUGAUGCUGUCUAUGUAUACCGUAUGGACGGUGAAGACGAUGCGGAUACGUCGCAGCUUACGCUAGCGCGCUUAAGCGAUGCUGGGACAGAUGAGCUGGCUGUGCUGUCAGUAGCUUGUGCCCCACCAACCGCGCCUGCUGUCGCUGAUUUCAGGCUUCUUGCCGAUGGCGGAAUGGCUACUGAGAAUGUGUCGACGUUGUGUAUCGUGACAGGCGGUGGUGAUAUUGUGCUACUCCCCCUUCGUGACGACGACGCUUUCCCAACGCCUGCCGAUGUAGUAGGCUCUGUCGAGGCGGGUAUUCUAGCUGCAGCAUGGAGUCCAGAAGAAGAUGUACUAGCGCUCAUUACAGGCGAAUCUACGCCACGGCUCCUGCUCAUGACCAAGGAGUUCGAUGUGAUGCACGAGGCUGCGUUAGCAACCGAUGCCUUUGGCGAUGAUCAGCCUGUGAAUGUUGGUUGGGGCUCUAAAUCGACGCAAUUUCACGGCUCAGAAGGCAAGCAGGCCGCUAUUAAGGCCGCUCAGGCGCCAGCGGAAGGCGACCCACGAGGCCCACUAACGCCAGAUGACGACGGACGCCCGCGCAUUUCAUGGCGUAGUGACGGCACAUUCUUUAUCGUAUCGUCCGUGGAAAUGCAUGUGGACGGAACGCGCCAUCGUAUUCUUCGUACAUUCACACGCACCGGCUCGCUGAGUGCGACGUCAGACCCUAGUGUGCGUGGCAUUACGCAGGUGCUGGCAUGCCGUCCUAUCGGCAAUCUCAUUGCGACGUCGCAGCGUAUGGGCGGCGAAUGGGCACCUGGGCGUGCUGGACGUCAUGAUAUUGUGUUCUUUGAGCGCAAUGGGCUGCGGCAUGGCGAGUUCUCGCUGUACGAAGACGAUGCAAGUCUGCCGACAUUUGAUACAGCGACGUCCUCCUUGCCUCCCUUUGCCUCGUUGCAUACUAUUCAUGCUGUGGCUUGGAAUGUGGAUGGAAGUAUUCUUGCUGUCCACCUUUCGCGUGAUGGGCGUCAUGUGCUCCAGUUAUGGACGACAGGCAACUACCAUUGGUACCUUAAGCAGGAGCUGACCUACGAUGUGCUGCAUGCGUUUACAUGGCACUCUGAGCAUGCCUUGACCUUAUACGUCGCGCAUACGCAUGUGGAAAAACGCACUAUGUGGCUUGAGACCCCCUGUUCUCAGGGUGCCCGACCACACGAUGCAGCGUGUGUGGCUGUAGUCGACGGUGCUGCGUUGAUGUUGACGCCGUUCCGUCUGCAAAACGUACCUCCUCCUAUGUGUGCGAUGGCCAUUUGGGAUGCGCCUCUUGCAUCGCCUAGUUCUUCUUCCACCCCACCGUCACCACCUAUGCAUGUCGCCUGGACGACAGCCACACACACCGAUGGCACGACAUCUGAUUAUAUCGCGUUGCUUUACCCACGUGGCCAUAUCCACGUAUGGCGCGUACCCUAUGGCGUUCUGGGCGCUUCAGCCCCACGUCCACGUCCCACGUAUGUGCCGGAGCGUGUAACGACGAUGCAUUUGCCUGCAACUGUGCGUGCCUUCCAAGUGGCAUUGGCCUACAGUGAUGCCGCUCUCUAUGUUGCCGCACUGGGUAUGGAGGAAGAGGAGCCGAUUUUGUACAUGGCCUCUACCUCGGACGUCCAAUUUGAACCUUCGCCCCUGGAAAGUCAAGCGCCUUUCUAUCGUCUUGUCUCGGUCCCAGGCCGGAUUGCGUUUGCUGUCCAUGAUGCAAGCGGCGAUGUGAUGGUGCAUAGCCCUGCUUCGCCGCCUCUACGCCUGGACCCACUGCCCAGCUUCUGCGCCCACUUGGUGAUUUUGGAGAUGGACGAUACAUUUGUUCCUUUGGGACUAGCGUCCGAUGGACGUUUGUUGUUAUCGGAUCGCAUCCUAGCAAAAGAUGCGACGUCCUUCACGACCACGGAUCGUCUCGUUGUAUGGACUACGCAGACGCACGAAGCCUACUUCUUGCCACGCAUGGCCCUCACGGAGGCGCCUCACAUCGUAGCACUCGGACGACGUGUAGAGCGAGGAAGUCGCUUGGUGGCUGCUGUGCCCAGUGCUAUGGCCCUUGUGCUGCAAAUGCCGCGUGGCAACUUGGAAACAGUGUACCCUCGUCCCAUGGUCCUGGAUGUGAUUCGCGACGCUUUGCAAGCGCAUGAAUACGGCACAGCCUUGCGUUUGUGCCGCUCGCACCGCGUUGACUUGAACUUGCUACACGAUCAUGAUCCAGCGGCGUUCUUGGAGCAUGUCUCUACCAUGGUAUCACAAGUGGCAAAUGUGGAUCAUAUCAAUCUGUUCCUCUCAAGCCUGCGAAAUGAGGAUGUGACAGCAACAUUGUACCGUCCAUGGGACCCCAGCCAACACAAGCCGAUGCCUGACUUGGAUGGCAAAGUGAACCGAGUGUGCGAUGCAUUGCUGGCAACAUUGCAAGAAGUGGACCAACGUCGGUACUUGUCCUCGAUCCUUACAGCGCAUGUGCGAAAGGUCCCGGCAGAUUACGAAGCCGGCCUUCGUGUUCUUCGCUCCUACAUGGAUACCGAUGUGGCCGUCGCGGAUGAAGCAUGCAAGUACAUUAUUUUCCUUGUCAAUGCAGAUGAGCUGUACAAAGUCGCGCUGGGUAUGUAUGACUUCGCCCUUGCGCUCCUUAUUGCACAACACUCGCCACGCGAUCCUCGCGAAUACGUACCUUUCUUGCGUUCAUUGAGAGCAAAGGAGCCCGAGGCGUACCAGCGCUUCUGCAUCGACGAUCAUCUGGGACGCCACGCCAAAGCAUUGCAAUGGCUUUCGCAGGCUGGCGAUGUGCAUACCGACGAGGCUAUGGCAUAUAUGGUCGAACACAAGCUGUACAGAGAAGGUUUGCUAGCAUGGGCGAAGGAGCCUGCCCAUCUUCGCGAGGCGUACAAGCGUUUCGCUGAGUACCUAGGCGCGCACCAACGUCCCGCAGAAGCAGCUACCGCCUACCAGCUCGCCGGCGACUUGAUUUCCGCAGUACAAUCCUACAAAGAAGCCGACCAGUGGCGUCAAGCCCUGACAGUAGCGAUGGAGGCCCAAUAUUCCACCGCGGAGAUGCAGACGCUAGCCCGCGCCAUUUCAGAGCAAUUGGAGGAGCAGCACAAGUAUGAUGAUGCUGCGCGCGUUCUCUUGCAAGUGCAAGAUACAGAAGCAGGGAUUGCGAUGUUGUGUCGUGCGAAUGCUUUUGUCGAUGCCCAGCUCUGUUGUGCGACGCAUCAACGUAUGGAUAUGGUCGAGACACAUAUUGCCCCGGCAGCGUUGGAGCAUCAAGCCGCGUUGCUUGAAGAAGCCGACGAAAUUGAGGCUCAGUUGACGAAGCAAGUGCAGCGUCUGCACGAGCUCGAUGCAAAGCGUACACAAGAUCCAGCUGCGUUCUACGUCGAGGAAGAGUCGCGUGGCUUGGAUAACAUUGAUGUAAUGAGCGAUGUGUCGCAAGUGACGCAGUUUACCCGCUACACUACGGCGACCAGCGUUGCACCGACCAUGUCGACGCUCUCUCUCGGCUCGAAACGGUCUUCACGCCACAAAGCGAAAGCUAAGAAGGAAGAGAAGAAAAAGAAUGCCGGCAAGAAAGGCAGCGUGUACGAAGAAGGCUACCUGCAUGACUCGCUCCAGAAACUCUUGCAAACGCGCCUGGGCCAACUCCAACGUGACGUAGCGCGUCUUCUUCCGAUCCUUGCAACCCUAGGAGAAAAGCAACGUACAGCGGCCAAGACCCUGCAAUCGCGUCUUCUGUCCCUGGAAAAGCGUGUGGCCGAGGCCAAAGUUGAUCUGGAUCAACGUUUUGCAGCGCAAGAGCAAGACCGAUUCGAGCUUAUGCAAACUCUAGCUACGCAAGUCGCACAGCUUGCUCAUGCACCGGGGGCCGGCGAUUCAGCCAGUGCCGUGCUAUCUACCUUGUGGCGUUGGCGUCAAAGUCAGGCACCGAAGCCAACACCUACGGUAUCCAAUGAAACAUGGAAACUGCAUUUAUGGGACGAGCCGUCAUCUACAUCACGUACGUAG